ACAAUAAGUUUCUUAACAUUAUGGAAACCACACAAGCAAUCUCCAGCCCGGAAGAUGGAGUUUCGCGAUCAACUAGAAAAGAACCUCCCAUUCAUUUCACAAUGAAAAUACAGUCAUUUUCUUUACUUUCAAAGAUUUCGAUGGAGAAAUAUGAGUCUGACCAUUUUGAGGCUGGUGGCUACAAAUGGAAAUUAGCACUCUACCCAAGUGGAAACAAGAACAAAAAUGCCAAAGAUCAUCUUUCUCUCUACUUAGUGAUGGCAGAGACGAAUACACUCCACCCUGGUUGGGAGGUUAGUGCUGUGUUUCGAUUGUUUUUGCUCGAUCAGGUGCAAGACAAAUACUUGAUGCUUCAAGAAACAAAGGCAACUGUGAGUGGUUGGCGCUUUCAUGAGAUGAAGACUGAGUGGGGUUUUGACCAAUUCAUCACGCUCAAAGAAUUCCACGAGGCUUCUAAUGGAUACCUGGUUGAGGAUGUCUGUGUGUUCGGAGCAGAGGUGUUUGUUUGCAAAGAAAGAAGCACCGGCAAUGGUGAAUGUCUGUCGGUGAUAAGGGACGCUAUCACUUACAAACACACUUGGAAGAUCGACAACUUCUCAAUUAUAGAUAAAGAAUGUGCUGAAUCUAAAGAGUUCAAUGCAGCUGAUCACAAAUGGAAGGUGGAACUCUAUCCACAGGGAAAAGAUGAUGGCAUGGUCAACAGCCUUUCUUUGUACUUGGCUUUGGUUAAUUCCAAACUCCUUCCUCUUGGUGGCAAAAUUUAUGUGGAGUUCACCUUGCGUCUAGUUAACCAAAUAUACGAGAGACACCAAUUUAGUAGAGAUUUGGUGCCAGUUGUGAUGACUGAAAGCAAAACAUAG